AUGUUAAACAGUGUCCUCUCCGUUUCGAGUAGACAGACGGGACUCGGAGUCCUCACGGCAACACCCUGCUGUCGCGGCCACGAAAACCUCGUUGUGGAAGAGACCUUGAAGCUUGUCAAAUGGGGCAGAAGCGCUCAAACACAGCGUCAACCGGUGAGAGUCCCUGUCCUCAUUGUGGUCCACUUUUGUCUUUGCGUCGGACUCCACACCUCUUCGUUUGGUGCUGCAGCUCAUGCCUACCACGGCCCGUUGUAUUACGCGUGUGUCCGUGACUACAGUCUCCCGUUCGUCGGCCGGUCUGUGCCCAUUUGUCUGCAUAUGCACAUGCAUGCGCCACUUGAAAUCCUACUUCAUACGCUUGUCAGCAGGCACAAAGGCCUCGGAUCUGCAACAUGCCUACCGCGGCGUGAAGUCGUUAAAUUUGUGCAUCUGAGAUGGCGGACAAUGGGGACGGCUAGUCUUCUCCACUCGCCUGAAUGGAGACUCCCAGUCACUCUGUCGCAAGCCGGUGUUGGAUCCAGGGCGCCAUGUCUGAAUGAGUGUGUGUUGGGUGGCAGAGUUGACGAGGAGGAGAGUUCUACAAGACUUGCGGAAAUGGAAGGACUGUAG